UGUCACCCUUAAACUAUGCCGUAAUUUUGAAUUUUGAUGCUUUAACGGUUGCAGACGAUUGUAUUUGUUUUUAUGAUGCAUAAGCAGUUGUGUAUUAAAUAUUGAAUAUAAAUUAAAAAUUGCAUUUUAAGUGAAGCGUACAUUUAUGAAUAUGUGAUAUGUAUUGCUUAUUUAUUUUGUGUUAGUGUCAAUAUAUUUAUUUUCUUUACAUCAUGUCAUGGUCUCAAGUUAUUUUAGAAUGGGUGAAUUGUCUAGAAUUAUUGGACUCCCCUGUCAAAGAUCUUAAAGAAUUGCGUGAAAAAAACAUUUUUAAUAAAAUUGUUACGUCAAUAAGUUUGUGGAAAGAUCAGGAAAAUAAUAGAACAGAAAAAGAAUUACUUUUACAUUUUAUACACGAUGAAUAUCCCUUUUUUAAAUUUCAAUGGAACGACAAAGAAUUGUUCUCCGACAAUUUACUUAUUACUUCUCUUUUAUUAUUACGAACAUCACAAGAACCAAUUUUUCACAAACAAAUGUGUGCAAAACUUGAUAAUGAAAUUCAAGUUAAAAUUAAAAUGUUCCUUGAAAAUACACUUUCCUAUGGAAAUAAUAUAACAAAAGAAUUAUUGGAAUCAACGAUUUCUGAACUUAAUGAUGCUGAUAACACUACAUGUCCAAAAACACUUUUUAUGACACCAAAAGGGAAACCACUUAAAGAUUUUUUUAGUUCACCUGCAGUUCGUUCAGUUCAAAAAUAUCAUGAAGUAUCACAAAAAGCUUUUGAAUUACGAAAAUUAAAAGCAGAACUAGAAAUGGAACGUUGUGAAAAAAGUGAUAUCAAUGAAGACUUAAGAAUUCAACAGGAGAAAAAUUUAAUUCUUCAAGAAACUUUACAAAAUAAAGAGAAGGAGAUUAAAUUUUUAAAAGAUGAAUUAACAAAACCAUUGACUCCAAAAUCGUGCAAGAAAACAUAUACAUUAAAACCAGACGUUUAUAAGGAUGAAAUAAAAAAUUUAGAAAAAUAUAUUCUUGAUAUUCAAAAAGAAAAUGAUAAGCUUCAAGAUGAAAAAGAAGAUUUAACAAAGAAAUUGUUUAUAAUUGAAAAUCAAACCAGAGAGAUUUUGGAAGAAAAUGAAAGUUAUAAAAAAAAUUUCGAAUCUUUAUGUACUAAAGUUGAGCAAAGUGAUAAAAUUUUAUUUGAAUUAAAAAAAGAAAACGAAGAACUACGAUGUCACGUUAAAGAAAUUAAUAGACAAUCAUUUAAUGAAGAGAGCUUUGAAUAUGACAAUAUUAACAUUGCUAAUGCUCCUUCUUUUUUAAAUUCCAGUGAAGCUCUUAGUUCAGUUAUUGAAAUUCAGUUACAAGAAGCAAAAGAAGAAACAAUUAAAAUAAAAAUUGAACUCGAUUCUGUCACUAAAUUUUCAAAAUCACUUGAUAAUGAAUGUGAAAAAUUAAAAAAUCAAAAUCAAAAUCUUCAUCAGCAAAUUGAACAAUUGAAAAUAAUUGAAGAGAAAUACCAAGAAGUUAAUAAAGAAUUUCAACUUUCUAAUGAAAAUGUUAAAAAACUCAGUGAAGAAAAUAAUAAUUUAUUAGAUGAAACUCAAGAAAUGAAAAAUCAAUUAGAAAACUAUAGUGUCAAUGAAAACAUUUUAAAUAGUAAAUUAUCAGCCAUGGAAGAAUCUUUAAAUCAAGAACUUAAAAGAAUUGCUGAAUUUGAGUUAUCAGUUUCUGAAUUUCGAGAACAAAUUGCAGAAAAAGGUAAAUUAAUAUCAAAAUUGGAGAAUUUAAAUACUAGUUUUGAAGGUACAAUUAAAAAUUUAAAUUGCGAAGCGGAAGAAAAGAAUAAACAAUUUUUGCAAUUAGAAUCCGAAAUUUUAAAAUUAACCGAUCAAAUUAAAAACAAGGACAUCGAGAAAAUAAAUCUGGAGGAUACGAUAAAGGAAGCUAAUUCUGAAAUAGUUGUAUUAAAAGACUCAAAUAAAGAUCUUCAUCUACAAAUUGAAGAAUUGAAAAUAAUAGAGAAGAAUUUUGAAACAGUUAAAUUAGAUUUUCGUCUUUCUUGUGAAAAAAUAGAAAAACAAAGUGAAGAAAAUAAGCAUUUAUUGGAAGAAACUCAGUUAAUGAAAAAUCAAUUGGAAAUUUAUUGUCUUAAUGAAAUAAAUUUAAACAAUAAAUUAUUAUCUACCGAAGAAUCUUUAAAUCAAGAAAUUAAAAGAAGUUCUAAUUUUGAGACGUUAGUUUCUGAACAUCGGGAACAAAUUGCAGAAAAAGAUAAAUCGAUUUCUAAGUUGGAAAACUCAAAUACUGAUUUUGAAGAUACAAUUAAAAAUUUAAAUAGCGAAGCCGAAGAAAAGCAACAGAAUUUGUUGCAAUUAGAAUCUGAAAUUUUGAAAUUAAACGAUCAAAUUAAAAACAAGAACAUCGAGAAAAUAAAUCUGGAGGAUACGAUAAAGGAAGCUAAUUCUGAAAUAAAUAUUUUGAAAAAUUCUAAUAAUGAUUAUUGUCAACAAAUGGAAUUAAUGAAAAUAAUGGAGCAAGAAUAUCAGAGAGUUAAAAAAGAAUUUCAAUUUUCCUGCGAAAAGUUAGAAAAUCUAAGCGAAGAAAAUACGAAAAUUCUGGAAGAAAAUCAAUUAAUAAAAAGUCAAUUAGAAAAUUAUUGUCUUAACGAAAUAAAUUUAAACAAUAAAUUGCAAGUCACGGAAGAUUCAUUAAAUCAAGAAAUUAAAAGAAGUGCCGAGUUCGAGGUAAUAGUUUCUGAACUUUGGGUGAAAAUUGCAGAAAAAGAUAAAUCGAUUUCUACUUUGAAAGAUUCAAAUACAGAUUUUGAAAAUAUAAUUAAAAAUCUAAAUCGAGAAAUCGAAGAAAACAAUCAACAGUACUUGCAAUUAGAAUCCGAAGUUUUGAAACUUAACGAUCAAAUUAAAAACAAGGAUAUCGAGAAAAUAAAUUUGGAGGAUACAAUAAAGCAAGCUAAUUUUGAAAUAAAUAUUUUGAAAAAUUCUAAUAAUAAUUAUUGUCAUCAAAUGGAAUUAAUGAAAAUAAUGGAACAAGAAUUUCAUGGAGUUAAAUUGGAGUUUCAAGUUUCCUGCGAAAAAAUUGAGAAUCUAAACGAAGAAAAACAAAAGUUACAAGAAGAAAUUCAACUAAUGAAAAAUCAAUUAGAAACGUGUGAUGUAAAUGAAAACAAUUUAAACAAUAAACUAAUGUCUCUAGAAGAUUCUUUAAAUCAAGAAAUUAAAAAGUGUAUUGAGUUCGAAUUGUCAAAUUCUGAACUUCGAGGUGAAAUUGAGGAAAAAAGUAAAUUGAUUUCUAAAUUAGAAGAUUUAAAUAAAAUGUUUGAAAAUACAAUUAAAAAUCUAAAUUGUGAGACGGAAGAAAAGGAACAGAAAUUAUUGCAAUUAGAAUCUGAAAUUUUAAAACUAAACGAUCAAAUUAAAAACAAGGACGUUGAGAAAAUAAAUCUGGAGGAUACGAUAAAGGAAGCUAAUUUUGAAAUAGUUGUAUUAAAAGACUCAAAUAAAGAUCUUCAUUUACAAAUCGAAGAAUUGAAAAUAAUGGAAAAGAAUUUUGAAACAGUUAAAUUAGAAUUUCAACUUUCCUGUGAAAAAAUAGAAAAACAAAGUGAAGAAAAUAAGCAUUUAUUGGAAGAAACUCAGCUAAUGAAAAAUCAAUUAGAAAAAUGUGAUGUCAAUGAAAAUAUUUUGAAAAAUAAAUUAUUAGCCAUUGAAGAUACAUUAAAUCAAGAAAUUCAAAGGAUUGCCGAAUUUGAAUUAUCAAAUUCUGAACUUCGAGGUGAAAUUGAGGAAAAAAUUAAAUUAAUUUCUAAAUUAGAAGAUUCAAAUACAGAUUUUGAAAAUAUAAUUAAAACUUUGAAUCGAGAAAUCGAAGAAAAGGAACAGAAUUUGUUGCAAUUAGAAUCUGAAAAUUUAAAACUAAACGAUCAAAUUGAAAACAAGAAUGUCGAGAAAAUAAAUUUGGAGGAUACAAUAGAGAAAGCAAAUUCUGAAAUAAAUAUUUUGAAAAAUUCUAACAAUGAUUAUUGUCAACAAAUAGAAUUACUGAAAGUUGUAGAGGAGAAUUUUUAUACAGUAAAAUCAGAUUUGCAAUUGUCCUGCGAAAAAAUUGAAAAUCUAAAUAAAGAAAAUACAAACUUACAAGAUGAAAUUCAUCAAUUGAAUGAAAAAUUAGAAAAAUAUAAUAUUAACGAAAUUAAUUUAAACAAUAAAUUAAUGUCUUUAGAAGAUUCUUUAAAUCAAGAAAUUAAAAAAUGUACAGAUUUUGAGACGUCAGUUUCCGAAUUUCGAGUUGAAAUUGAAGAAAAAGAUAAAUUUGUUUCUAAAUUGGAAGUUUUAAAUAAAGAAUUUGAAGGUACAAUUAAAAAAUUAAAUUAUGAAGCCAAUGAAAAGGAAGAGCAGUUAUUACAAUUUAAUACUGUAAUUUUGGAUCUUAAUGAGCAAAUUAAAAAACACGAAACUGAGAAAUUGAAUCUUGAAGUUACGAUAAAUGAAACAAAUUCUGAAGUAAUUAAACUCAAAAACACCCUUGAGGAGAAUAACAAUAAAAUUCUAAAGCUUGAAGUCUCAAUAAAAUACAGAAAUUUGAUACUAGAUGAAGUUUCUAAAUUACAAAUUAUAUUAACUGACACUAAUAAAUCUACGUUGCCUUUGGAUGAAAUUACAAAGAAUUUAAAUGAAUUUAAAAAUUUAUUAGAACUACGUGAAAAUGAUAAAUUAAUUGAUGAAACAUUGCAUCCUAAUGAGGAAUUAACUUUGAAAAUUAAAUUUCUAAAUACUUUAAUAGACGAGAUUAAAAAAUUAAUGCUAAAAGAAAUUUCUCUAGAAGAAAAAUUAAAUUCUACCGAAAAUCUUUUCACACAGAAUCAAAUCGAAUUAAUAGAUAAGAAAAAUUCAAUUGAUAUUUUAGAAGAAAAUAUUAAAAAAUUACAAAGUGAUAAUGUUCAUUUAAACGAGGAAUUAUCUUUAAUUACAAAAACGAAUAUUUCACUCGAAGAAAAUUUAAAAGAAAAUAAUCAAUCUUUUGAUGCAAAACUUUCCAAUAUAAAAGAAGAAAAAUUAUUACUUAUUGAAGAAUUAAAAACACUAACCGAGAAUUUUGAUAAUAUUAAACAGAAACUAAUUGAAAAAGAUACAUUCAUAAAAGUUUUAGAAGAAGAAUUAAAUAUAUUGAAAAAUGAAAAAAUCACCUUUGAAUGUGAAUUAAAUGCAGUUAUUUCGAAUUUUGUUAAAAUUUACAAAAACUCAUCUCAGGAUAAAAUUACAGAAGAUAAUUCUGAAGAAUCAUUUACAAAAAAUAAAAUUAUUAAAAACUUGGAAGAAUCGUUACAAGAAUUAUUGGAAAUAAAUAAUUCUUUAAAAUCCAAUUUACAACUAUGCAACGAAAAAUUGUCUCAGGUUGAAAAUUCCAUGAUAGAUAUUAAUCAAGAGAAAGCAGAACUACAAAAAGAAAAUUCAUCAAAUCAAAUUAAAUUACAUGAAGUAGAAAAGGAAUUGGAAAUUCUUAAUUCUGAAAUUUUGGAAUUAAAAGAACGUAACACAUUCUUGAGUAAUAAAUUAGAUAAAACACAAUGCAAAAUUUCUCGAUUAAUUGAUCGAAAUAAAUUCAAAGAUGAUUUGAUAAAGAAACUUAAAAUCGAUUAUGAAUCUACUAUUGGCGAAAGUUCAAUUAAAAAAGAUGAAAUAGAAAUUAUUGAUACAAAUGAGGAAAUUUCUUUACAAACUGAACCCAACUUUGAAGAAUUACAAAAUAUGUCUUUUAUUGAAAAUCAAUUAUUAGAAAAUUCUGACAAACAAUACAAAAAUUUGGAAGAAUGUAUCAUGAACAAACAACAAUUAAUUGAUAAAUUUUCAGAAAUUCAAAAACAAAAUAUCACUUUAGAAAAUAAAAUAAAAGAAUUAAAUGUCGAGAAAGAAGAACACAAAGUUUAUAUUGAUAAAUUAAUUGAAGAAAAAAUUAUUAUUCACGAAAUAUUAUUGAAGGCAAUAAAAAUUCAACAAAAUUUUCAUGGAAAAUUAUCAAAACUUGAUGAAAAUUGGAAUAUGAGUUUAAAUAAAUUUUAUGAUACAUUCUUUAAACAUCAAUCAGAUUGUGAUGAAUUAAAAAAUCUUCAUAAAGAAAAAACAAUUUUACAAAAUAUUUUAUCAACAUACGCACAAAAUAAUUUACAAUCAUUAACAUCAUUAACUGAUGUUUCGGUAAUGAAAUUUUUAUGGAUUGAGAAUAAAAUUAAAAACAAUGAAAACAAUGAAUUACAAUUAAAUAAUGAAAAAGAAAUUUUAUUAUCUGAAAUUAAAAAAACUGAAGCAUCAAUCAAUGAAAUGGAAACAAUGGAAAAAAGAGUUGAAUCAUUUUUUGCAAUGGUCAAUAAAUACAAUAAUAAUCCUGAUGCUAAUCAUGUUAAAUAUUCAGCGGAAAAUUUCAAAAAAAUGGAAUUACAAAUGCAAAAUGUUAAUAAAGAAAAGAAAGAUAUUAAAGAAAAAUUGGAUAAUAUUCGAAUAAGAAAUGCGAAAUUAGAAAGAAAUAUGGAUGAAUUGAGAAGUGAAUUAACAAAUUUAAAGAGUAUUCAAAGUGGAAGUUCGGAAUUGGAAAAAGAAUAUUUGGAAAAAUUCAAGUGCUCUGAGGAGGAGAAUAGUAAUUUAAAAAUGGAAACCGCACAUUUAGGGGAGGAAAAUCGUUGUCUAAAGGCAGAAAUUGAUUCAUUGAGAAGUAAAAUAUCAGAUAAAGGUGAUGAGGUUCAAAUUUCUGUUUCUAAAAUGGACAGUCGUUUAAAAGAGAUUCAUGACGAGUACGAGGUCAAAUUAGAGAAACUUAAAGAAAAAAUGAAACAUGCUUAUAAUGAGCAAAUGCAGAAAUUGUCCAUGAAGCAAGAACAAACAAUUCAAGAGAAAGUUAAAAGUUUACAAGGAAAAAUAGAACAACAAUGUCGAAAACAUACGGAAGAAAUAAAUAAAUAUAAAGAACAUGUAACUGAAUUAACAACUCGACAUUGGGAGGUUUGUGAUAAACUUUUGGCUGAAAAACAAGAGAAAGAAGGCGCUUUCAAACAAAUGAAGGAAAUGAGUUUGAAAUUUAACAAUGAUAUUAAAGAUUUGCAUCAAAAGCAAGUGUUAACUUCAUUGAACAAAACUGCAAGUUUAGAUAGAAGGGAUUUCCCAAUGAUGGACGUUCGAAAGGGUCUACAAACUUUUCAAAUUAUUGAAGAGGAAUCAUUUACAAGAAGACGAAGUUUUCAAGGUUUACAAGUAAUGGGAAAUGCAUUUAAUGCCGAGGAUGAAGAGGGAGAAAUUUUUAACAAUGUUUAUCUAGCUGAUAUGAAGGAAGGACGUACUAGUUCCAUUAAUUCAGAUUUUAAUCGACUCUCAGUUUUGCAAAUGAGAAAUUCUCUCUGUAAACCUCAUUUAAAGUCUUCCUAUCCUGCUGAAACGCAAUUUCAACCUCUGGGAUUAACAGAAGAGGAUAUAAAAAAUGGUGCAGAAGAUGUUUUUAACGAUAGUCUUAGUCAAAGUUUACUUCCAAAUCAAAAAGGAAAAAGAAGAGAAAGAACACAGACAUCCUAUAAAAAACCUGGACCUCCCACACCAAGUAAAAACGGUAGACGAUUAUCGUUACAGGGCAGUGAAGCAAAAUCUCCGUCACGAAUUUUAAAAGAACGAAAUGCAGUUGAUAAACGAAAUACUGGUACUCCACGCCGAUUAAAAGAUCUUUUUAGUAACUCGAGACAGCAAGAUGAAAAUUCCAUGGGAUCGCCAAGACGAUUCAGCAAUAUUUUUCGUAAAAAGCGAUUGCCGCCAGCAGAUAAAAAAUAAUAUGUAAAUUUUAUUAUAUUUAUAAAUAGUAAGUAAAUGUUUAAAUUUUUUUUAAAUUUUCCAUUUUAAAAUAAAAAUUUAAUUUAAACAAAAA